AUGGGCGGGUCAGGGCCACUAUGGGGUGGGUUCAGUGCCACUAUGGGCGGGUCGAGUGCUAUGGGCGGGUCAGGGCCACUAUGGGGGUUCAGUGCCACUAUGGGCGGGUCAGUGCCACUAUGGGCGGGUCAGCGGUGCCACUAUAGGCGGGUCCAGUGCCACUAUGGGCGGGUCAGUGCCACUAUGGGUGGGUGUGCCUAUGGGCGGGUCCAGUGCCACUAUAGGCGGGUCCAGUGCCACUAUGGGUGGGUCAGUGCCACUAUGGGCGGGUCCAGUGCCACUAUAGGCGGGUCCAGUGCCACUAUGGGCGGGUCCAGGGCCACUAUGGGCGGGUCCAGUGCCACUAUGGUGGGUCAGUGCCACUAUGGGCGGGGUCCAGGGCACUAUAGGCGGGUCAGGGGCCACUAUGGGCGGGUCCAGGGCUAUGGGCGGGUCAGGGCCACUAUAGGCGGGUCCAGGGCCACUAUGGGUGGGCGGUCCAGUGCCACUAUGGGCGGGUCCAGUGCCACUAUGGGCGGGUCAGGGCCACUAUGGGCGGGUCCAGUGCCACUAUGGGUGGGUCCAGUGCCUGUGGCGGGUCCAGGGCCACUAUGGGUGGGUCCAGGGCCACUAUGGGCGGGUCAGGUUCACUAUGGGCGGGUCAGUGCCACUAUGGCGGGUCAGGGCCACUAUGGGCGGGUCCAGGGCCACUAUGGGCGGUCCAGGGCCACACUAUUUGGCGGGUCAGGGCUAUGGGUGGGUCAGUGCCACUAUGGGCGGGUCAGUGCCACUAUGGGCGGGUCCAGGGCCACUAUGGGCGGGUCCAGUGCCACUAUGGGCGGGUCCAGUGCCACUAUGGGCGGGUUCAGUGCCACUAUGGGCGGGUCCAGGGCCACUAUGCGGGCGGGGUCAGGCCUGUAUCUCGGUAGUAACGUUGUAUUGAUGUUGUUCAUAACUUUGGGUUUAUGCCCACAACCACCUCUGUUAACCUGA